UCGGUCGCCAAAGAAAUGGGUCUCCAAUUGCCGGGCGGAUGAAUUAGUUGGCAUUCUGUGCCUGUGCGGAGGGCAAGUUAGGCGCUCAUCGGGGACAGAAUGUUGGGGGUGGAAGGAGUCACGACGCACGACGCAACGCGGUUCGUCAUGACCCUGGAGUGAAUCACGCAGGGAUUUCUGUGCUGACGUGAAAUUUUCGGCAUGGCCGGUGCGUUUUGCGUAUUUACAGACGGCUUUUGGCCGCUUUCCUCCACAUCAACAUUCGUUUUUCUUCCUGUUUGUUUGAAUUUUUUUGUAGCGAAAAGGUGCGAGGCUCCCAUGCAACAUUUCACGCAUUCACAACUUACUCGCACUGUUCCGGUUUCAUCCAAUUAGAGAGCGCCUGCGCCCACUGGAGGAGCGCGGCGUCUGUUUUUUUUGCGGCGGAUUCACAUGCGCGCACGCAGCUCCAUGCCUCCUGCGCCCGCGGACGCUCUUUGUGCUCCGUGGUUUUGACGCUCUCUCCCUCGCCUCGCCGCGCGGAGCGGUGUGUCGGCUGCGCGGCUGCGUCCGCCGGCGCUCAGAGACUUCUCCGGUCACAUUCAGCACCACAGCGGCCGUGAACAGCUCCGUGUGGAUGGGCUCUGCGCCUGCUCCGCGCGCCUCCUGCAGCUCCUAACAACCGGCGACAAAUGGCAUCACACGGCUUCUGGUCCCUCGGCGGGGACAAUGCGGGGGCCAACCCCGGGAGUCAGAGCCCAAGUACCCCCAGGGCUUGGUGCCAAGCAGCUGCCCAGAAAUUAUCCGGAGGGAUUGGAUCGAAAUUAUGUGCGCUGCUAAAUGUCGGAGAGGUGGAGAAACCCGUCGAGCCGACCGCCAAGCAGCCGCCGCAGACUGCUGCGGGAAGCUGCGGCUGCAACAAAUCCUGCACCUGCAGCAAAGGCGCCGAUGUGGGCUUCUCAGACCUCUAUUCAACAGACCUGCUACCUGCCAUGGACGGAGACACCAAGACGAUGACCUUCCUGCAGGAGGUCGUGGAUAUUUUACUGGCCUACAUAGUCGAGUCCUUCGAUCGGGAAACGAAAGUGAUCGAUUUUCAUUACCCCAACGAGCUGCUGCAGCUCAACAACUGGGAGCUGCAGGACGAGCCGGCCACGCUGGAUGACAUCUUGAUCAGCUGCCGCGCCACUCUCAAGUACGCCAUCAAAACAGCCCACCCCAGGUACUUCAAUCAGCUCUCCACAGGAUUAGACAUGGUCGGACUGGCAGCCGAUUGGCUGACAUCCACGGCCAACACCAACAUGUUCACCUAUGAGGUGGCUCCUGUGUUCGUGCUGCUGGAGUACGUCAGCCUGAAGAAGAUGAGGGAGAUCAUUGGCUGGGCAGACGGGCGGGGUGACGGCAUUUUCUCACCCGGUGGUGCUAUUUCCAACAUGUAUGCCAUGCUGCUGGCCCGCUUCAAGAUGUUCCCUGAAGUGAAGGAGAAAGGAAUGUCGUCCGUCCCCAGACUGGCGGCCUUCACAUCUGAACACAGCCAUUUUUCCAUCAAAAAAGGAGCGGCGGCUCUUGGCAUCGGGACCGAAAGCGUGAUCUGCAUCAAAGCGGACGAAUGCGGUAAAAUGAUCCCUGCCGACCUUGAGAGGAGGAUACUGGAGGCAAAACAGAAGGGCUUCGUACCUUUCUUUGUGAGCGCCACAGCUGGGACCACAGUGUACGGAGCCUUCGACCCCCUCAUCGCCAUCUCUGACAUCUGCAAAAAGUACAACAUCUGGUUUCACGUGGACGGAGCGUGGGGAGGGAGUCUGCUCAUGUCCAGGAGACACAGGUGGAAACUGGACGGUGUUGAGAGGGCCAACUCUGUGACCUGGAACCCUCACAAAAUGAUGUCCGUCCCCCUGCAGUGCUCUGCCCUGCUCGUCAGAGAGGAGGGUUUGAUGCAGAGCUGCAACCAGAUGCACGCCUGCUACCUCUUCCAGCAGGACAAACACUACGACCUUUCCUACGACACCGGAGACAAAGCGCUGCAGUGUGGACGCCACGUGGACAUCUUUAAGCUGUGGCUCAUGUGGCGAGCGAAGGGCACCAUAGGCUUCGAAGCCCAAAUCGACAAGUGCUUGGAGCUGUCCGAGUACCUGUACAACAAGAUAAAAGACAGAGAAGGAUACGAGAUGGUCUUCGAUGGGAAACCUCAGCACACCAACGUCUGCUUCUGGUACCUCCCCCCUGGGAUCCGCUACAUGGAGGACAAAGAGGAGAAGAAGAAGCGCCUACACAAGGUGGCUCCAGUCAUAAAAGCCAGGAUGAUGGAGUACGGCACAACCAUGGUCAGCUACCAGCCACAAGGGGACAAGGUGAACUUCUUCCGCAUGGUGAUCUCCAACCCCGCUGCUACCUUCGAGGACAUCGACUUCCUCAUCGAGGAGAUUGAGCGACUCGGACACGAUCUAUAAGACUCCUCUCGCCAAAUCCUCCUGUACUUUCCCCGUUGGUGGAUGAAAUGUUUGUCACGAAUGUAUCGGUAAACAUUUUCUUUUCUCUUUUUCCUUGUAAAGUCUGAUAUUUAAGAGUAUAUUUAAGAAAAAAAAAUCUACAGAUAUAUUAAUAUAUUAUGUACUGCAGCUUUUUCUGUGGACUGACUUGGUCCAGCGCCAUGUAAAAGUGCUUCUGUCCGCCUUUCUUAUGGUGUAGUCGCCGCGAGAUUAGUGUGAUCAAUGUGACUUUAUAUGUACUUUUUGUGCUAUGAAAUGCUUGUGCAAUAAGUCGAUGAGGAAGAUCUGGCAUUUUUUUGGGGUCAUUUCUCAUUCGCACAGUUUGUUGUUAAAGUGCCAAAUGUUGUUGUGUUCUAUCGUAACAUUUUAAAUUUUAAACUUUAAAAAAAACAAAAAAAACAAAGCACUUCACUUUACCUCAGCUUUAUUAACUGCCCGUAAAACUGGACACAGAGUCCAGUUCAUGGAGUUGUUCAAUCAAAGUUGCAACAUUUGAAUUUUAACCUUGACAACACUGAUCCGGAUACUUAUUUAUUUAUUAUUUAUUUGUCUCUGUGGGGGAAAAAAAAUUAAAUGAGAUGAGAACACAAGAUCCGAAAACUGCCAAAUUACUCAUAAAAAUGUGUUCUGGACGAUACUCUGAGCCUGGUUAACGAUUCCACCAAAAUCAGAGCCCCUUAUUUAACUUUGACAUUUAGUAGCUUUGCAUUUUGGGUUGGUUCAUAGCCAUCUGACUCAUUUUAUUUCACACCUGCUUUGACAACUGAUGAUUUAAAGUUUAUUUCUAUAAUCUACUCGAGGUCGGCUGUUAAAAUCACGACUCCAAUAAAUAACAUUUGCGAGCAGGAGGUCGCUCAAAGUUAUUUUGGUUUGAUUAGUGGUCAGAACCUGUAAUAUUCCAUUAAGAGUCGACUGGCAACAGAAAUUAAGGCCAAAUUAUAAAAUAUGGAAAACAAAAUGUAGGGAUAUUUACAAUUGCUUAUAUCCAUAAUUGAUUAAAAUGUUCAAGUACCAGGAAACAACUACUUGUACUGAUUAGAUACAUGUGACCAAAGGGUUUAAAAAAAAUAAUUAUCAGGUAUGAAAUAGAAGUAGGUUGUUACGAAAUGGCAUUAUGUGGCGUCAAAAAGGGGUUAAAUAAAAUGUCGAGAAGGCAAAUUCAGAUAUCGGAAUGACAACGGCAGUCAUUUUUGUUAUUUUAGGACAUGCUUGAUGCUUAUAGUCCUGAUGGGCAUGUGUACAUUAUGCUGUUAUGUAGUUAUUAUCCAAAAAUAGUGUUGUUAUUUUGUUUUUUUUUUUGUUUGUUAGCAUUUCUUAUCACCAAAAAACAGCACUUUCAUGUAGGAGGUGAGUCACUAAAUGUCCGUUUUAAUAAAACCUUCAUCGUAGGAAAAGGCCACAUGUUCGUAGAGUGUUAUAAUAUGAAUAUAAGAUGUCGGCCCUGCUUAUUCAGAACAGUGUUGCCCUUAAUGAGACAAAUUUAGUUCAACGACAGACUAAAUAACGUAUCAUCAUGUCGGCUUAAAACUACAAGGUGAAGCUCAAGGCAAUGAAACUUUAACCUGUCCCAUAAUGUGAGCUUUUUUGGCAUUUUUUAAACCCUCUAGACAUGAUGGUGGGACCAAGCAACCAGUGGCUCAGUGAAAUGACAGAUGGUUAAAAGGUUCAGGGUAUUCCCAAAGGAUAAUCGUUUAAGUUUUACCAGAGCUUGGUAGUAUUUUAUUCAUAAGAAACUUGAAGACACUUUAAUGUAUAUCAAUGUGUCUAAAAUCAUAGUUUUGCUCUUUUGAGUGUGUAGAUUGAGCUCAGCUUUAGCUCCUGCUCUUUUCCACCAACGUCCAACUUUUACAGUGUAACAAACCAUCUGAUAUGUUCAGGUUGAGAUUCUGCACAUGAUAUUCACUGGUCCUGCAUAGACUCGUUCAAUUAUAUAUAGGAAAAAAUCAGGAAAUUAAAACGUCAGUUUAUGCUUUUCUUCACCCAUUAUUGUUAAUAUUCGAUGACGAACUGCUGAGUCGUCAAAAAAAAGGUACUGUUGGUGCUUAAUCUAUGGGCAAAACUGUAGAAAAGCAAAAAUCUUACCAUAAAAUUUAAAUGUAGGUGAUUAUGUCUAUAUAGAAAAGGAUAGCACAGUGAACAAAUGUCCGUUGGACCAGGAGCGUUAACAUUUUAUUUAUUUGCUCAAAUUUGUUUCUAAAUUGCACUUUAUCACAUUUUCCUCCAACUGAGAAUAAAAGCCGGAAUGUAUUGUUGAACAAUUUCAUGUUUUAGGGAAAUUUACAGGGUCUCUACCCAGUUGUUUGUGUAUACGAGCAGCUGGAUCAAAAACUAAAUUACUUUAAUUUGCAUUAACUAUUAUCUCCAACUGCAAAGGACUACAAUUUCAGCAUCUCUUCCUUUAGAAGAAUUACCUUAAAUCUCCUGCAGGGCAAUAAUAGGAUAACAGUGUUGCUCGGAUUUAGGUACUCUGCCUGAUCUGCUGAACAACAGACAUCACUUGCACUAAAUAAUCGUGGAGAGGGGGCAGCAACUCAAGGAGCACUGCGACUGAAAUUCCUUCUGUAUGCAUUCAAAAGCAAUAUCUAAGGGUCCAAUCUACAUAUCCUGCAAAAUCGCGACAGAACCAGUAAAGUAUCGGCGCACGUUAACUAAAGAUAAUCAACUUUCCAAGCCAAGCACAUGGUAAUAAUAAAAAUAGUAUCAAUAAUGAGUAUAAAGGCAUGCUUAUCAUAGAGGCAGGGUUAGCUGUUGAAAUGUGAUCUCUGAUUUUCUUUUAAGAAAACAAAAAAAAAAAGCAGAAGUUUUGUAGCAUUUUCAUUAGACUGAGGUAGAAAAGCACAAUUUGCUCAACACGGUCGUUCACUGAACAAUCACUUUUAAACAUAGACUGUAAAUACUACUUCAAGAUGUCCUAAGUACAUAUCUUUGUGUAUACAUACGUGUAUAUAAGACAUAUAACCAGAGACUAUUUGUGAGGUAAAGUUGUUCAUAUUUUCUCUAUAUCUGAUAUAGAUGCCCUGUAUUUUCAUCUAGUCAGCCCGAAAGGCUUUGAUUUUCACUGUGCGUGUGUAUAUAUGUAUGUAUGUAUGUACGUAUGUGACUCUUCUAGCUGUUUCAAAGACAACUCGUUUCAGGGACUGGCUUUAAAAAGAACGGACAGAUUUCACCUUGAGAUAUUUCCUUAGGAGGCGUGAAACUCUGGCGUUUGGGUUUUAAAUGAAUAUGCAAAGCCAUUUUUAUUUUUGUUUGUUUCCAACUCUGAAGCUCCGUGUUUUUCUGUGCACAAGUGAUACUUGACUGUAUGUGCCGAUGUGUACCUUAGUGUGUUUGUGACUGUGCUGCCUUAGUAGAGAUUUUUCAGUAUCGUCUAGUUUUUCCUCCCGCGACAAAAAAGGUGGCGGGAGGAGGUUGUGCACUUUAGAGUAUAUGAUCUUAAUAACGUGCAAUGUCUAAUUGUUGUUUAUGAUUUAAUGUUAAGAAGAAAAAAAAAGAUUCUCUGAAAAAA